CGGAGGAAGCGACCGCAGCCAGGCGGAGCAACACAUCGUUGGUCGCCGACUCCCGGCUGAAGGAGGGCAGAGAGGCGGACAGAUGUGAGGCGGACUACGAAACGACAACAAGCUGCCGUCAAGACGGAGACUCUUCCAUUCUGAUAACAUGUGGCAACCCGCGUCGGAACGACUGCAGCACUUUCAGAGCAUGCUGAAGACCAAGCUGAAUGUGCUGACGCUAAGGAAGGAGCCGUUGCCCACGGUGAUCUUCCAUGAGCCCGAGGCCAUUGAACUUUGCUCCACCACACCGCUUACAAAGAGCCGGACCCAUGCUGGAUAUAAGGUGACCUACCUGGGCAAGGUGACGGUUUCUGGGACCAACUUCCUGUCCGGCUGCACAGAGUCAGCUGUGGUUGGUCUGGUGGAGCACCAUGGCCUUGCUCAACCGCAGGGUAUGGUUCCAUCGGGCGGCUCUUUGCUGGAGAUACGGCCCUUCCAGGUACGUCUCCACCACCUGGACGGGCAAGCAGAGGCCUCAGUAACCAUGGACACCUACCAGGUGGCAAGGAUCGCGUACUGCACAGCCGACCAUAGCGUCCGACCCAACGUAUUUGCCUGGAUCUACCGGGAGAUCAACGACGACCUGUCCUUCCAGAUGCACUGCCACGCGGUGGAGUGCGAGAGCAAGCUGGAGGCUAAGAAGCUAGCCCACUCGAUGAUGGAGGCUUUCCGCAAGACUUUCCACAGUAUGCGCAGCGACGGCCGCAUCAAUAAGAGCGGCUCGUCAGAUGAGUUCGCUGAGGAGUUGUCUACGCCUGAAGAUUCCACCCCGGACGACGGUUGAACUGCCAAUCAUCACAACUCCUGAUCCCCAUUCUUGCAAGACAAGGGGUGAAGGGAAGGACGGUCAGAUUAGCUGCUCUCUCUCAUUCUCCCCUAUUACUUUCUCAAUGGACAUCAAUAGCAGACUCUCUUCUUGAUGGUACAACUUCAAAUUUAAAGUCGACCCUGAAGACAUUUCUUAGAUAUUUACAUUCCAAUUUCCCACAUCCACAAACAGAGGUACUUGUAUUAAGUUCUUCAAGCAAAAUGCAAUCCCUGUUCUUCAGACCCCUGUCUUAAGAAAGCCUUUAUCAGGACCCAGCAGUGCUAGGCAUCUGACUAUUCGAGGCCCCAAUCGAGAGUUCUGGAGACGGCAUUGAUUCUAUGUGCAUGAAUGCCUUCAUCUUUGAUCAACACAAACAAGGUUAUACAUUGAAAGCACUUCAUAAACCUUAUGGCACCUUCUCCAAAAAAUAAUUUCCCUGCAAGUACAUCUACUGGUGUGGAUGGUACUUAGAUCAAUAACUACAAAGGUACUUCAGCAGGUGUAAGGCAGCGGAAGAACGUAGGUACCGGGUAGAUAUUUCAGAUGUUCUGAACGGGCCGGCAGCUCUGGGACAUCCCAAUCGUUCAUGUCCAAUUUCUGUUUGAAACAUACCAAAAUCCAGGCUCAUUGGUGCCUGUCAGAUUACGUGCCUCGAUUUCCAUCCCACAUGGUCUAAGUCCUAUUUAGUAUGUGUGGCCAUGAAUGUGUCCGGAUUAUGUUCUAUCUCCGUGUUUGUAUGUGAUUGUGUGCAAAACAGCCUUCGUAGAAAACGGGAAAAGUCCAGAUGAAUAGUUGAGGCGAUAUUUGUCGCGUGAUAGGUUUGAGACGAGGAAUUCCUCAAACAAGCAAGGUACUGUGCCCAGUUUGAGGGCGCCGCCGCCACCAAGGAGCCUUCCGAGCUAAUGACGGACAUCCUAUCUGCCAAAUUAUGAGGAGUUCAAAAUGCUACACACCAUCUCCUCACGCCAUCAAGGAGCUUUCUGGGAUUAUUAUUUUCUAAUAGUACUAUAAUCAGCAGAUGAUUGGGGGAUUUUCUUCAAAAAGAACGAUGAACCAGUGCUGGUCCACACGCAGCCUACAAACCAGACAAGGCUUCAAGCUAAGUUACAACAAAUGUUCAGCCAUACGUCUAAUUCUACAUACUGUACGAGCGUGCACAUUGUGUCGGAUUCCCACUUGAUAAGCUUAUGUAAAUACAAAUAUGUCAGUUCCCGAAUAUUACAGAGUAAAUGUUGAUAGAUAUUUUAAAUUUAAAAACAAGCUGACAUAUAUCGUACCAUAAAGGAACAGUGUUAUAAAGCCUACUGUGAAUCAUAAGUGGAGAGUUUGAUAGAAGUGAUAUAUACGUGUGUGUGUGUUGGAUGAGACUGAAUGUGGUCGCAAGAGACGUGUGCAGGUUCAAGUGGGAGAAAACUGUUGAUUACUCUGUCCAGUCUGUUUGGAAGCUCAGGCUUGCUUUAAAUGUUUGACAAAUGUUACCUAAGUGUUUUCUAUACAGUGUCUGCAAAGAUCAAGCAACAGUUGCAUAUAAAGCAUUUACCCAGACAAUGUUGUGUGAGGCUC